UUCAGAUCAGGGAGGAUGUAAAGCUUAGCAUGGCAACGAUUCGCACAACAAAAGGAAGUGAGGCUGGUACGCAGUAAAUAUUUGCGUUUUACACAGCUUGUUGUUAAAACCUAUCUUAUUUUGUCCUUUUUAUCAAAAGAAGAGUCUGUAGCGUAACGACGAGAAUGGAAUAAUAAAAUAUAAAGCUUGGACAAUCCACUGACACUUUGGAAUAAUUUCCAGGGUCCUUCGGGGCCCAGGGAGAGGAUGUAUCGGGGUGGGGACAAGGACUUUCAGAUUUCUGGGCGAAAGAUGGGCACAUCUUUGCUUUUCCAGCUUUCAGCUCAUGAAAGAGAACUGGAUUUAGUCUUCUUAGACCACAGCUACGCCAAGCCAUGGAAUGCUCACCCAGAUGCAAGCAGCGCCCGGCCUACAAGGACACUGUUUGUUACUCCUCGUCGCCAGCCUGAAGCUUUGUCAGACUCAGAUUCUUUAAUCGAUGUGGAAACUGUCACACCGACACCAGUUCCUUUAUAUGACAAUCAGAAAGCACUUAGUGUGAUGAAGGAGUGUGAGCGCCAUGUCCUGUUUGCCCGUACUCUUGCAGAGAACCCUCCACCUCCAGAUGACUGGGAAGAACAUAUAAACAAGACUGGAUGGUCAGUGGCUCAGAACAAACUGUUUAACAAAGUCUUAAAAGCUCUACAAGCUGAAAGACUAGCUCGUUUGGCUAAUGAGAAUACUUCCAAUGAACCAAUUUUGAGGAGGAUAGCUGUGGACAAAUGUGCCAGGAAAGUGCGAAAUGCAUUAGCCAGUGUGAACUGGGACACCAAGCUAACACAGUGGUUACACACAACAAUGAUUGAGUCCUUAAGCCUUGCAAUGCUUGCUGCUUAUCUGGAUGUGCUGCAGACUCUCAAAAGCAAGUUGCCCUCACUGAUUGACAGAAUGCUGCUGUCAUCUGCAAAAACUGGAGCUCCUAGUGCAGAGGCUCUUUCACUGCUACUAAAACGACCUUGGGACCCAGCCAUUGGAGUUUUGUCUCAAAAUAAACCGACCAAGCUUCCUGGAUCCCCGCUCAUACUAAUUGCACCAUCAAGCCCAACCAAUCCUGCCCUUUCUACCUCACGGCGAAUGAGAUUCUGGCAGUCGCAGCUCUCCUGUUUGGGAAAGGUAAUACCGGUGCACACUCACAUGAACAGCGCAGCAAAUAUUGGCAUUACCCAGUGUGUGGAGCACAUGCUGGGAACUGUCAGGGCCAAGGUCAUGGAGGUCCAUAGUCACUUCCCCCACAAACCCAUUAUUCUGGUCGGCUGGAACGCUGGUGCGCUCAUUGCUUGCCAUGUAUCUCUGAUGGAGUAUCUGUCUGCUGUGGUGUGUCUCGGCUUUCCGCUGUUGACAGUCAACGGUCCAAGAGGAGAUGUGGAUGACCCGCUGCUUGACAUGAAGACCCCAGUAUUGUUUGUUGUUGGACAGAAUGCUCUACAGUGUAGUAUAGAAGGCAUGGAGGAGUUCAGAGAGAAGCUCAGGGCAGACAACAGUUUGGUCGUUGUUGGAGGAUCAGAUGACAAUCUCAGAAUAAAUUCAGCAAAGAUGAAAUCAGAGGGUUUGACACAGACUAUGGUGGAUCGCUGCAUUCAGGAUGAGAUAGCCGACUUCUUAUCAGGCGUCCUUACAAGGGCAGAAGGCCACGGUCAUGGCUCUGGGGAGAUGAGAGACCUGGACACGGAGAAAAAGAAAAGGCCGCGACGGGAGCUUCCUUUUGAUAUGGAAAGAGGACGACCAUCCUCCCCUGCACUUAGAGUUCCUAUCUCACCAUCAGGUUCAGAGGACUUGUCUAGUGUCUGUAGCAGUCCAACUUCAAGUCCCAAGCCCAAGACAUCGGGUCUGUCGCCAGCACAGAAGUCCAGUCUGAUCACAGCUACACAGCUCCUCAAAACCCACAUGCAGCGUUCUGGCACAGUACUCACUCACAAGCAGGCUCAAGCUCAGUUUGCUGCUUUUAUGAAACAAAACAUGCUUGUGAGGAAAAAUCUUCCUCCUGGCACCCCUCCUUGUAUUUUUGUCCCAGUGACCAGUGAUCAGAUAGAGGGCCUUGACCGAGAAGAACUGAGGUCCAACAGCAAGAAAAGGCAGGCUCCUAGUCCUACACAAAGCAAAGCCUCCAAGAGAGCCAAGAUAAAGGUCACCAUUGUUUCUCAAAGCGAGUCAGCAGGGGGCACCAUCAGUCCUAAUGCACAGGAAGUGAGUGGCUCUGGGAAGCCUGUAACUGUAACAGUGGGUCAGACUGUGGCUGGAGCCAAGGAGCUCUCUGGACUUCUUACAGGCCAGCGGUCUGGUAGUCUCUCAGAGGUGCCUGGUACCCUGUCCCCAGGCUCCAGCUCAUUCAACAGUGUGCAGCCUUGCAUGGUGUCUGGGUCCUCCACACCAGUCCAGGCGCAAGCUCCGGCUACUGCCCAAGCACCUUCCGCCAGCAGUCUUCUACAAGGCCUAAGUUUCAGUCUUCAGGAGAUUGUCACCAAAGCUCCUAGCCUGCCCUGCAUAGCUGCCAAUGCAGGCAACACCCAGGCAGUUUGUAGCAAGCCCCAGGGUCAGGUCCUGAGUUCCCCGGGUACCAGUGGCAGCACUCUUCUCCGAGCAGUGCCUGUGGUUGCUACAGGAGGAGUUGCUAAAACCACGGCCAUCCACCAGCUGCUAACCAACGGCGGUCUGGCCAAACUAGCCAGCAGCUUGCCCAGCUUGGCACACAUCACCAAUCAGACCGCCGUAGGGCAAAAAGCCCCCACUUCAAUAACGGUGACCCUUCGAGGAGCGCAGCAGAGUAGAUUGGGAUCUCUCAGCCAAAGUGGUGACGUGAUGCCUGCUUGUACACAUGAACCCAAGCAAUAAAAACCCUGCCUCGUGUUCACGUGGUGACACACCUGAUCCAAGCUGGUAUGCGCUGGAGGCAUCUGGGAUCCACGGGCUGCUGAUGAGCCUGCAGCCUCCCUGCAAUGAUAAACACAGCCCGGCUCAAUGCACAGAACACCUGCCUCUGGGUCUCCGGAGAGCUCCCCCGUUGGGAUUGUUGGAAAAGGCCACGCAGUCGCUGUUGGCUGUGCCUGAACGGCCACGAUGCCUAGCGACGCACCCGUGGUUCUGCUACAGUCUGUGCUCCUUUCUCACAAUUUUCCUCUUUUGACACAUUGACUAAAAUCAUGCUAUUUCUCGUUAAGUUUCUUCAUGUUGAGCAUUUACAACUGGAUAUAUCUUUGUAUUUACAUAUUUAUUAUAUAACAAUCUGAAUGUUGGUCUUGCUUUUUGCAGUCAUUAUAUUCACACUAGUCUAGUUAUUCAUCAUCAGAACUGAUCUGUAUAAUAGUUUUGUUUAAUAAUUAAAACAGUCCAUAAAUUUCAAAGCUCAUUACAGUACACGAGGCUAAAGAAAUCAUGCAAAUUUAUAUUAUUAAAGAUGCCCACCUCUGCAAUGCUCAGGCUUCAACGUGAAUAGGCCGCAUCAUUUAUGUUAAAGGGUAUUUGUUGAAGGCGUCAUCCUUUCACUGUGUACAGGCUGAAUGUUUGAGAUGGAUUUGCCAGAAUCCACUCAGCUGAAUUUCUUGUGCUAAUCUAAAUGUUUUAAUACACGUGUUUACCACUUGUGUUA